CCCUGCUAGAUCGUCGCAGCUGAUAGCAGUAGGCAGACAAUCAUCGCACAGUGACCGCUCGUCCCUGGGGUCUCAUGUACUCAGCUGUACACAACGCCGGCUUUACUACUCGUCUUUCAUUGACUGACUUCACUCCUCACUCGUCAUCUACCCGGAAAUGCUUGUACCCGAGUCUCAUGUGCAGGUUGACCAACUAGUGACUCUCGUCAGAGAGAUAUUGUAAAGGGCAGGGUUUCAUUUGAUAGCGAUUGUGCGUCUGUGUUCGAAUCCGUGUCACUGGAUGGCCGCUACUCAGUGACGAUAACAUAUCGUUUUAAAACAGGGCGCCUCUUCCUCGCUGUUACGUGAGGCCCCAUACAUAUUUGAUCAGCAUUCUAUCUAGCUGGUAGGUGAGCAUCGGAACCACUCGUCAAACGCCGGCGCCCACCUGGCUCAGGUAGAAGCAGACGACAUUCAGCGCAGACGACACAAUGCUUGGUUUGACACUUGUGGCCUCCACGCCGAAGAAAGCCGGUGACACGGGUAGCUGGCUCCAACCCCACUUGGAGUAGAUAAAGGAUGGGUUGACGAGCUCGUCACGAUCUGAUGAUUACAGACACGAAAAGAGUAAAAUACAUUUGGAUCAGUAUGUGAAUGGAGGGCAUAUAACAUGGUGGUCCUAUGAAUAGUUGCUCCACUGACCACGAAGACCGGCGGAUGAUGACAGAUGGACAAACAAAGACUUGGGUAGGUUUGGGGGUGUACGUCAUCCUCACCUAUCUCUGUCUGGAUUCGGUGAGGUGCGUCACGCAACAACACAGCGCCCGUAUUGAGGGCGACGUCAUCCUUGGUGCGUUGUUCUCCAUCCACCACAAGCCCCCAUCAGCUACGGCCUACUCUCGAACCUGUGGUGGGAUACGGGAACACUAUGGCAUUCAGAGGGUUGAGACCGUCCUUAUGACACUGGAUGAGAUCAACGACAAUGACAACAUUCUACCGGGCGUCAUACUGGGCUGUGAUAUCAGGGACUCCUGCUGGUAUUCAGCCAUUGCUCUGGAACAGAGCAUCGACUUCAUCAAGGACGCCAUUGCUAGCAAAACGGAGCAGAAUGAGAAAUCUAGCGGUGGAAAUCAGUCCAGCCAGUGUAAAGAUGAGAACCUGCAACCUAUUGCUGGCCUCAUAGGGCCUGGGUCAAGCGAAGCGAGCAUACAAGUCCAGAAUCUACUUCAGAUCUUCAACAUUCCCCAGAUAGGCUACUCCGCUACAAGUGAGGAUCUAAGUAACAAGCGGCAUAAAUAUUUUCUCCGAGUUGUCCCUCCUGAUAACUAUCAGGCUCAGGCAAUGGUGGAUAUUGUACGUCACUUUAACUGGACUUAUAUCUCAACUAUAAAUUCGGAUGGGAACUACGGCGUGCGUGGCAUGCGGGCAUUCAAGGAUAAGGCUACAGAAGUGGGUAUCUGUAUCGCCACCACCAACAGUGUGUCCAGCUCUGGGACUGACGAGGAGUUCGACAAGGUGAUUCAAAACCUCAAGAGCAGGCCCAACGCUUCCGUAGUGGUCUGCUUCUGUGAGGGGUUGACGAUCAAGGCACUGCUCAGGGCGAUGGAAAGAAAUGAUGCUGAGGGAAAGUUCCUCUUAAUAGGCAGUGACGGCUGGGGUAGUCGUGGCGAUGUCGUGGAGGGCUUGGAGAAGCUGGCGGCGGGAGGAAUUUCCAUGAGACUGUACUCGCCUCCUAUCCCACGCUUCGACGACCACUAUGGCAAACUGAAGCACGACAAUAACACCCGUAACCCAUGGUUCAAGGAAUUCUGGCAGGAGCGGUUCAACUGCUACCUUCCAGGCGAUGACAGUGACUCACGGAACAGUACACCCUGCACAGGAAGCGAGACACUCGAGGGUUCGGAACAAGACUCCAAGCUGGGGUUCGUAGUGACGGCGGUGUACACUUUGGCACACGCACUGGACCGGAUGCACACCGCUAUAUGUGGCAGAGAGGCCCGGGGACUUUGUCCGGAGAUGAAACCCAUCAACGGCACAAUCCUCCUCCAACACAUCCUCAACGUCACCUUCCCCACGUACAGCAACGAAACCUUCUUCUUCAACAACAAAGGUGACCCUCCUGGCAGAUACGACAUCAUGAACUACCAGCGAAAUCAUAGCAGGGGGGACAAUGCCACAUACAACUACGUCACCAUCGGCUCAUGGAUAUCCGGGUCACUGGACAUGCGGGAGAAGGUGUACUGGCCGGGGAAAGACCCCGAGAAACCAGUGACCUCUGUCUGCAGUCUGCCCUGUCAGCAGGGUCACGUGAUGGUGAAGCAGACGCAAGGCAAAGACUGUUGCUGGGUGUGUACGCCAUGUAUGGGCAACAAGAUUGUACGAGACAACGUCACUUGCAUGGCAUGUGAAAUUGGCUGGAGACCUAAUUUCGACCUCUCAGAAUGUGAAGAGAUUCCUAUAGAAUUCAUAAGUUGGUCCGAUACAGAAGCUAUUGUUUCCAUGGUGAUGGCGUGUGUAUGUAUCGUCGUAACGCUGUGGGUCUUUUACGUGUUUGUGCGGCACAACGACACACCAGUGGUGAAAGCGUCGACACGGGAGCUGAGCUACAUCAUCCUAUUGGGAACCGUCCUCGCCUACUGCUGCAACUUCGUCUUGGUAGCCAAGCCUUCAAUGGCGUCGUGCAACCUCUCCCGCAUCCUGCCAGGACUGGCGUUCUCACUCAUCUACGGAGCGCUCGUCACUAAAACAAACAGGAUCGCCCGAAUUUUGGAAGGAAGUAAACGCAUCAUGACCAAGAAGCCGCGCUUCAUGAGUGCAUCGGCACAGGUUGUGAUUACAGGUAUUGUGAUAGGUGUAGAGUGCGCUGUGAUCACCGUCAUGCUGAUUGUUGAGCCCGCGGACGCUCACUUGGAGUACCCCAACGAGAGGGUCCGGCUGGUAUGUAACACCUCAACCCUGGGGGUCAUUGUGCCUCUUGGAUUUGACGUCUUCCUCAUCUUCAUGUGUACCCUGUAUGCCAUCAAGACUAGGAACCUUCCUGAGAACUUUAACGAGGCUAAGUUCAUUGGCUUCACUAUGUACACCACCUGUGUCAUCUGGCUUGGCUUCUUCCCCAUCUACUUCGGCGGCGACAGCAAAGUCGUGACCACGUGCAUCUCCAUCACUCUGUCAGCCUCGGUGUCGCUUGUGCUCCUCUUCUUCCCAAAGGUCUAUGUCAUCGUUUGGUCGCCAGAACGGAACACACGUGGCGCGUUCACAACGUCACGUGACGUGCGGUGUCACAUAGGAUCCAAAUCGCUGCCAUCCUGUGACAGCGUCGACAAAAAAGAGAAGAAGUAUGAAGGAUUGUUCAAGUCAGACAUCGGUCGUCCCCCUGGGGCCCAGCAAAACGACAAGUCAGGGGUGCUGAAAAGGUCAAGCCUUCCCCAGUCCCAGGCUUCGCCCCAACACAGGUGGUUCUGUACCCAACGACCUAGUCAUAUUGCUGAAAUGCAACAGUCACGCCGCAGGUGCAACCCAGGUCCUUCAAACUUCCGGAAACAGAUGUCAGAAGAUCUAGACAUGCUGUAUUUACCUGCCCUUGAUUCCUUCCAGGAGGAGCCAUGUGUACCAGCAGCAGAUGUCACUAUGAAGAAAGACGUUGAGUGUCAAACAGAGCCUGACAGCGGGUGUGGUUUACGACACCGGGCUGCGGGUGAUAGUUCUGAUAAUGCCAGUCAUAAAAAGGUCCUGGCGUGUUCCCCUCGUUGUUACUCCCCCGUGGUGCAUCACUUCCAGAACAACCCCCAGGUUCAUGAACGCUGGCCCUUGUUGGGGCUCUACUCUGACGAAGAGGGGGACGCUGAAGGGGGAGGGGACAAAGAGGAAGCGGAGAUGGAGAAAGACAGCGACUCCGACCUCAGUUACCUUGAAGACAUGCAGGGUCUUGAAGCUGCAGUGCAUGGUGUAGACUACAAACACAAGAAAGACUCUCCUGUCAAAAGUUUGAUGUCAACAACCCCAUCAGAAAUCCAUUCCCUGUCCCCCUUGUGCACCCCUCGUGAUAGGAUCCCUCCUUCCUGCAUCUCCCCCGGGUCCCCCCUCCAGCCUGCUCCACUCUCCGCCAACGGUCUCCCCAGCCUCUCUGCCCCCUGUGCCUCCAGCGUACCUCGCCCUGGCUUCAGCGCCUUCAGCAGUCAGGAUUCCAUCUCCGGCGAUGGGACAUUCCACAGCCUCCUCAGCCUCACCGGCAGCAUAGCGUCCGCCCGCACCCCCGAGGAGGUGUCUGUGUUCUCGCUGUCCCCACUGGACACAGAAGAGAAACGCAUGCUAGACUUCCAGCAGUAUCUCCAGACCAGGGGCCUCAAAUUAGACAUGUCGUCAGUGCAGACGAGCGACUUAUGACAUCACAUGAAAUAGGUCUUGCCUGUCAACACACACACACUUCAUCCUCGUUAUGACACCACAUGAACUAGGUCUUGUCUGUCAACACAUAAACAUCAUCUUCGGUAUGACACCACAUGAACUAGGUCGUGUCUGUCAACACAUAAACUUCAUCCUCGUUAUGACACCACAUGAACUAGGUCUUGUCUGUCAACACACACACACACACUUCUUCCUCGUUAUAACAUCACAUGAACUAGGUCUUGUCUGUCAACACAUAAACUUCAUCCUCGUUAUAACACCACAUGAACUAGGUCUUGUCUGUCAACUCACACACACACACACACACACACACACACACACACACACACACACACACACACACACACACACACACACACACACACACACACACACACUUCAUCCUCGUUACGACACCACAUGAACUAGGCCUUGUCUGUCAACACACACACUUUAUCCUCGUUAUAACACCACAUGAACUAGGUCUUGUCUGUCAACACACACACUUUAUCCUCGUUAUAACACCACAUGAACUAGUUUUUUUCUGUCAACACAUAAACUUCAUCCUCGUUAUAUCACCACAUAAACUAGGUCUUGUCUGUCAACACACACACACACACACACACUUCUUCCUCGUUAUAACACCACAUGAACUAGGUCUUUUCUGUCAACACAUAAACUUCACCCUCGUUAUAACACCGCAUGAACUAGGUCUUGCCUGUCAACACAUAAAUUUCAUCCUGGUUAUAACACCACAUUAAUUAGGUCUUGUCUGUCAACACAUAAACUUCAUCCUCGUUAUAACACCACAUAAACUAGGUAUUGUCUGUCAACACAUAAACUUCAUCCUCGUUAUAACACCACAUGAACUAGGUCUUGUCUGUCAACACAUAAACUUCAUCCUCGUUAUAACACCACAUGAACUAGGUCUUGUCUGUCAACACACACACUUCAUCCUCGCCAUGACACCACAUGAACUAGGUCUUGUCUGUCGACACAUAAACUUCAUCCUCGCUAUGAAUUCACAUGAACUAGGUCUUGUCUGUCAACACAUAAACUUCAUCCUCGCUAUGAAUUCACAUGAACUAGGUUUUGUAUGUCAACACAUAAACUUCAUCCAUGUAAUGACAUCAUACAAACUAGGUUUAUUUGUCAGCAUUUCUCAUUUUUUUAUAUGUCACUCAUUUAACGUCAACACUACACACACAAAAUACAAUACAUGUACACCACCACACACCACCACACGCACCAACACACACACAAC